UGGCCUCUUUACACACUUGGAUUUUAACUUGUUAUGUUGAAUAAUUAAAUGUACAGUACAAUUUUGUUUUGUCAAGAGUUUCAAGUCAUGCAAAGAGUAUAUGGAUGUAAUGGAUCAACAUUCGACGUGAAAGAUUAUCGUGUAAUGCUGGAACUUGAGGCACAAGCUUGUGAAAAUGAGAAUGAGGUCAUCGAAAUCAAUGGUUCUAGUUUAAAUGUAACCACCUCAUCCCAAGCUAAUGAUGAUCCCAUGUAUUUAAAGUUAUGGGAGAAGUCAAAGAGGCAUAAAAAUGGGAAGUUUGACGAUGAGGCCGAGGAGAAGUCAUGGAGUGUGAUACUUGAUAGAGGUAAUAUUUUCAAGCUCACUCUUUGCAUAAAAUUGCCCUUUGGAUGCAUUUUCAAGUGAUACCUUGUUAAGACUUGUGCUUUCCCGGAGUGUGUGGUAUUUGUUUAUCCUUGAUUGCUGGAUUUUAAUUGCUAUUUUGUGUUGGUUAUGCUUAUGUGAAGUGGUGAUGGUUGUUAAUAUAGCUAUAUAGAUGUUUGGUAAUUUGAAAUGGGUUUUUUUUUUGUUCUGUUUUGUGUAUUGAACCAUUUUAGGUGGUUAUGUUCUGUGUAUUGAACCAUAUAUGGUAACUAAGCACCCAGUAUCACAAUUGGAGGUUAAGGAGCCUUGUGAAUUCAGUAACUGCUUGAUCUCCAGAAGGCAUAUAUUUUUGAGGUUAUAAUUACCACUCCUAAGGAAUGGUAUAUCGGUUUGUGCAUCAAAACUUCAGUCUACC